AUGCCCCAAGACUCAACCCAAAGCCAGCAGGCCUUCUCGGCCCUCUACCUCCAGAGAGUGACGCAAGAGCUCUCCGAGGACCUGGACAAAGUUCGCAACGCCGACGACUUCAAGGUCGAAUCCGUGCCGUUUCUUGUCCACGCGCUACAGCAGGGCGCCCAGCAAUUCUCAGCCUCGCAGCAGGGCGCGGUUCUCAAGACCUCUGAGAGCCGUCAAGGCUGA